ACACUUCGACACCGUCAACUCUCUCUCUUUGUCUCCAUCCCAGACUCAAAACCGACUCUGCUCUAAAUUAAACUAAAACCUUGCAGUUUUCCAUUUUCUCUCUCAAACUAAGCCACUCUGUUCUUCCGAGCGGAGAUCUCUUUCUUCACGCGAUCAAACUUUUUGUUAGGGUUUUGUUGAAGAGGGAAAUGAGGGAUGUUUUCGUGGUUGGCAAGAAUGGCAUCAGCGUGUUGGCGACCGGUCAGGAGAUAUGCCCGUAUGAGCAAGGAUGAUGAUGAGUCGAGUGGCGCCGGCGACCCACUUCUGUGGUGCAGAGACCUCGAAAAACACUCUUACGGCGAAUAUUCAUUCGCCGUCGUUCAGGCCAAUGAAGUUAUAGAAGAUCACAGCCAGGUGGAGACCGGCCGCGAUGCUACAUUUGUUGGGGUUUAUGAUGGGCAUGGUGGCCCGGAAGCCUCCCGCUUCAUCCGUGACCACCUUUUUCUUCAUUUGAUCAGGCUUGCUCAAGAAAAUGGAACAAUGUCUGAAGGUAUUCUCAGAAGUGCUUUUUCUGCAACUGAGGAUGGAUUUCUUACUCUCGUGCGUAGGUCAUGUGGAAUAAAACCCUUGAUUGCAGCUGUGGGAUCUUGUUGUCUUGUUGGCCUUAUAUGGAAAGGGACGUUAUAUGUUGCCAAUCUGGGCGAUUCUAGAGCUGUAAUAGGUUAUGUAGGUAGAUCAAAUAAAAUUGCUGUUGAGCAGUUGACUAGGGAUCACAAUGCCAGUGUGGAGGAGAUUAGGCAAGAACUCCGUUCCUCUCAUCCAGAGGAUUCGCAUAUUGUAGUUAUGAAGCACGGGGUUUGGCGAAUUAAAGGCAUCAUUCAGGUAUCUAGAUCUAUAGGGGAUGCAUACUUGAAGAGACCAGAGUUCACUCUUGAUCCAUCAUUCCCUCGGUUCCAUCUUGCUGAACCCCUCCGCCGGCCGGUGCUAACAUCUGAACCGUCUAUAUAUUCAAGGGCUUUACGACCCAAUGACAAAUUUAUCAUAUUUGCAUCUGAUGGACUUUGGGAACACAUGACAAAUGAGGAAGCCGCUGAGAUCGUGUAUAAUAACCCCAGAGCAGGCAUUGCUAGAAGACUUCUUAAGUCGGCAUUGGAUGUGGCUGCUAGGAAAAGAGAGAUGAGGUAUGAUGAUCUUAAGAAGAUUGAAAAGGGGAUCAGACGGUUCUUUCAUGACGAUAUAACAGUCGUCGUCAUCUUUAUAGACCAUGAAUUGCAGGGUAAAAAGAUACCAGUACCUGAACUGUCAGUACGAGGGUUCAUUGACGCAGUUGGACCAUCAAAUUUCAGCAUGCUGCAAGGAAUUGAUGCAAAUGCAUAGUCUGUUAUCUGAAUCGGAUUCAGUUGAGUUGAUCAGUUUGUUUGGAAAGACCGGUUUCAGCAAGUUCUCAUUUUUGUGAAUGUUUUUGCUGCAUAUGAUGGUUUUUCUUUUAUCUGCUUUCCUUUCCAACUUUCUGGGUUUCUUCUAUGUCAAAUUUGUACCUGCUUUCUUUUCCAUGCUGUUAUGCACCUAUGCUUAUAAUUUUGUUAAGAGAAAUUAUGGAUUCCUUUGCGGUCUGUACUCAAAAUCUGCGUUUUUCCUUUUA